AUGGGCGAAAUGACCGACCUAGCGGACCAAGUCAACGAUAUCCAGGUCCCGCUAACCGCUCAAAGCAAAGCACAGCGCAAACGAGACGACGAAGUCAACAGCCUCCUCGGUACUGACAUGGCAGGUCUAGCGGAGGAGUUCAUGAACAUCGCAACAGUCAGCCACCCUUCUCCGUCCUCCGAAUUACAUGACCACGAAGAUGCAGACUCACCACUUUCUCCGCGCUCACCCCUAGGCAUCGAUCAAUGGAUUAGUGAGUCCGAAGAUGACGCGCGAACGCCAGAGGAGGACAACGCUUCGCUAGAGAGAGCUCUGCGGGAAUUAGAAAAGAAGCGAGCUAAGUCGCGAGACAAGGAAGCGAAGAAGCGUAACUAUGGUCGAGUUGGUCGAAGCGGUGAAGUCGCAAAGCUGGUAAUCCGGGGUGGACCCCCGAGGGAAGUGCAAGAUAGCAGGAAGCUGCACACGGAGAAACGUAACUAUGGUCGAGUUGGUAGCAACGGUGGAAUUAUCAAGAGAAACAUGGUAAUCCGUGGUGGGCGCCCUAGGAAGGUGCGCAGUGAAACUAAGGUUGAUCCUAGCGGUGGAACUACAGAAACAAAGUUGGUAAUUCGGGGUGGGCGCUCGGAGAAACCGCGGGAUGACAGUAAGGUGCACGCGGAUAGGCGGGCGGGCCAGGCACCAAAGGAAGCUUACCGUAAGCUAAUGCCACCUGUAGAGCCCGUUGCCGAUUCGAUCUGGGAGAAUCUGGAACAUGAAGCGUGGCUGCAACGAGGCGGGAGGAGCUGGUCUACGGAGGCAGUCGCUGAUUUCGGCCGAGACGAGAGGGACAUGUACGCGUGCUUCAGGUAG